UCUUGAACUCCCGACCUCAGGUGAUCCACCCUCCUUGUCCUCCCAAAGUGCUGGGAUUACAGGCAUGAGGCACCGUACCUGGCCAGCAAAACAUCUUUAAGAGACAAUGGGAGAGGGAGUCUGGAUCCCCCAGGGGGAACUGGGGUACCACAGUGUGCCCUAUAGAGAUUGCAUUGCUUGGUUCCCCAGAGGGCUUUUGUGUCUCUACAUUCCAUGGGGACAAUGUGGAAGGCUUUGGUCUGUAUUCUGGGGCAGUGAAGGGGAGUUCUGUCCAGUCUCAAUUCACUCACGUGGUAGGGAGGUGAGGUCAGAAUGGGGUCGGGAAAGGGAUCAUCCCAGUCAGGCAAUGAGUGUGAAUGUGGGGCUGAGGUCUGCUGCAGGGGAGAGCCCAGCUAGGGGAUGGCUGGGCUGGAAUAUGUGUUGGUGGUGGUGGGAGCUAGAGUGUGGGGAAAUAGUCAUCCGGUGGGGCUGCCAAGGGUGGUGAUUCGCCCAUGUCUGGUAUGGGAGGUAGUGAUGGAGAUUUGUCUUUGGGAAGCCCUGGGUGAGAGCUGUGAAAUCUGUGGGGAGAGCCAUUUGGAGGGUGGAGCCAGGGGCGGUGAUGUAACCCUGGAAAGGAAAGGGGUCAUCCUGGUGAAUGAUGAGAGGGAGAGAGCUGGGGGCUGACACACUGAGUGUGAGUGUGCCGGCGCCAUGACGUCAUGAGGCCCGAGAACUGGGUCAGGUGUGUGGGCCAGGAUGAGGCCUUGGGACAGCCGCACGGCGCUCGCAGGGAUGGGGUGGUGACGUCACGGAUUGGUGAGGGCGGGGCCUCAAAGGCACCGCUGGGCUGCGUGAGGUCAGGAACGAGGCAGAGGCUGAGAAGAACUGGGAGAGGCUCCGGACUGGAAUGAAAUCGGCCACCAGGAUGAGCCACUGGUCACGAAGCAAGGAUGCAGGAUGCAGCAACGUUGGCCAUGGACCAACCGGCCGGCCUGCAGGUGGACUACGUCUUCCGGGGUGUGGAGCAUGCUGUGCGGGUGGUGGUUUCCGGGCAGGUGCUGGAGCUGGAGGUGGAGGACCGGAUGACGGCUGACCAGUGGCGGGGCGAGUUCGAUGCCGGCUUCAUUGAAGAUUUGACUCACAAGACAGGGAACUUCAAACAGUUCAACAUCUUCUGUCACAUGCUGGAGUCAGCCCUCACUCAGAGCAGUGAGUCAGUCACUCUGGACCUGCUGACCUACACAGACCUGGAGUCCCUGCGGAACCGCAAGAUGGGGGGCCGCCCGGGCCCUCUGGCCCCCAGAUCGGCGCAGCUCAACUCCAAGCGCUACCUGAUCCUCAUCUACUCCGUGGAGUUUGACAGGAUUCACUACCCGCUGCCCCUCCCGUACCAGGGCAAGCCAGACCCCGUGGUUCUGCAGGGCAUCAUCCGCUCACUGAAGGAGGAACUGGGCCGCCUGCAAGGGCUGGGCGGCCAGGACACUCGGGACACCCGGGAGACUGAGAUCUGGCACCUUCGGGAGCAUACCCGGCCCUGGGGGAGAUGGAUGUUAAUUACAUAACCACCUGAGUAUAUCAUUGCAGACGGAGGUGGGUGAGGCAGAAAGGGAGCCUGUGCUGUGGGAGGCUGUCACAGUACCCCACUGGGGUGUGGGGUGGGUCAGGCAGAGGGUCUGGGGAAGAGCGUUGUAGGCAGAGGGAACAGCAUGGGCAGAGUCCUUGUGUUCGGUGGGAAUGUGGUGAGAACAAGAGAAUGAAUGAAGUGAAUGAAGCAACGGCUUUUGAUGUAUUCAUGCCUGCCACAUGCUUGGUUCUGUUGGGGAGAUGAAUCUGGGGCUUGAUCUCUACUGGGAAGAGGUCUGGCUCAUUGGGGAGGGCUAAUAAUAUUUUUAGUAAUAAUAAUACCUGUAACUAAUCAUUAGCAAUAAUAAUACUGGUUCAAUAAUACAGUCACUGAACAUUUAACUCUAUGCCAGGGCUGCUCUGUGCUUUGUGACUGGAUUCAUUUUACCCUCACAGCCACCCUACAAGGGAGGCACUGCUGCUAUCUCCGUUUUACAGAGGCCCAGAGAAGUUAGGGAACGUGCCUCAGGUCACACAGUGGGUGACAUGGCCAAGCUGGAACUUAGAUCCAGGCAGCACCAUUGCACCUCUGUUGAUUCCCCAGCUGUUUGCACUGCUGGUGGCUGCAAGCCCAGGACAGAGUGAUGAAUGCUGAUGGGAGGACCAGUCCUUAUGGGAGCUCAUGGGGCUGGGGAACCCCCUUGGAGCUCUCCUGUGUACUGCUGGGCCGAGGAGGGCAGCAGUGGGGAGGCCAGAAUGCACAGUAGCAUAGGCUUCAUCCUCAGUUUAUCCUCAGGAUCUGCUCUGGUGGGGGCCCAGUCGGGGGUCGGAGGGAAGAGUGUGUGUGUGUGUGUGUGUGUGUGUGUUUCUAGGUUUGUGUUUAUGGGUGUGUGUUUCCCAAGAUGGCCACAAGGUGGAGCCCUCCACCCUUAGGAACCAACAACAGGAGCCUUGCGAUUUUGUGUGUGUGUGUGUGUGUGUGUGUGUGUAUGUG